AUGAUGAAAUGUUUUCCAUAUGUGUUGAUUUUAAUAGUAGUAUGUUGUGAUGCAAAGUGCAGCCCUUCUUCAUGUGGCAUCCUCAGCAACAUUAGCUCCCCUUUCCGCCUCAAAGGCGACCCCAAAAGCUGCGGCGACCGCAGAUUUGAAUUACGCUGCAAAAAUAAUGUGGCCUACAUCUCUUCUAACUCUAACUACUAUGUCAAAGCAAUCGACCACAAAAACUCCACCAUCAGGCUUGUUGAUGCGUCCAUUGUUAACGACAACAUCUGCUCGUUCCCUGUUGUUUCUCCAAAUGCCUUUAGCAUCUUCAAUAGCCACGAUCCCUUUCCUUACCGAGUUUCGCCAACAAUAAACCCUAUUAAUUUUUUUAGCUGCCCAAAUCCUUUGAAGAAUUCUUCCCUCUUCACAGAUGUUACUACUCAUUGUGCCUCUAGUUCUUCACCCCAUCUUCGUAAUACUAAUAUGUAUGCUUAUAUCAAGGUCGGACACAUGAAUGCCUCUGAGCUGCCACAAUUGUGCACACUAGAUCUUGUAGUGAUGACAUCAUGGCCGGAGUUUAAAGACUUGAACAAUGUUUCGUUGUCUGAAAUCCACCAAUCUCUCUUGUACGGAUUUGAACUUGUCUUCUGCUCCGAGUGUAGCAUGCUCACAAUUCAUGAAUCCUUCUUAUUUGGCAUUCUCCCGAUUCUUCUGAUAAUUGCAGGUCUGUUAUGUGCAGUGGUAAGCCCUCCUGUAUUCACCAUCUUUGGAUUCGCAGCUGUAUCAUUGCUCUUCUAUUAUACACCAUCUAUCUUUUUCACCGUGAUUCAACCGGUCAGAGUCGUCGGAUCAGGUUCUUAUACUUAUCUACUGCCUGGUGCACUCGAUUUUUAUGCGGCCAGAUUACGGACUUAUCUACUGCCUGCCUUUAUCUUAAGCACCAUCAUUUGUGCAUCAAGGGUCUUCACCUUCCCGUUGGUGGUGCGGCUUUUGAUUUACAAAUUCCGCACAAGGCGUCUCUCCUUAUAUGAAGAUAUAGAAUCAUUUCUACAAAGUGACGACAAACUCGCCCCAAUUAGGUACUCCUAUACGGACCUCAAAAAAAUGACCAAAGGUUUUCGAGAUAAACUAGGUCAAGGAGGUUACGGUUCAGUUUACAAAGGCAAGCUCCGUAGCGGACAUGAUGUUGCAGUAAAACUCUUGGGGAAAUCGGGAGGAAAAGAGCAUGACUUCAUGAAUGAAAUCGCAACUAUUGGAAGGAUACACCAUGUCAACGUCAUCAAAUUGGUUGGAUAUUGUGCGCAUGGCUCCAAACUUGCCCUUGUCUUCGAUUUCAUGUCCAAUGGAUCUCUUGAAAAGUACCUCUUCAAUCGAGAAAACAUGAAGCCCUUGAAUUGGGACACAAAGUUUGAGAUUGCAGUUGGAGUUGCUCGUGGGAUUGAGUAUUUGCAUCGAGGUUGUAACAUCCAGAUUCUGCAUUUCGACAUCAAGCCUCAUAAUAUACUCUUGGAUGAUAAAUUCACACCCAAAAUAUCUGAUUUCGGGCUAGCAAAGUUUUGCUCUACGGGUAAAGAUACAGUGACCUUGACUACAGCUAGAGGAACUAUAGGGUAUGUCGCUCCUGAAUUGAUCAACAGAAGUAUUGGGGCAGUCUCUUACAAGGCUGAUGUGUAUAGUUUCGGGAUGAUGUUAAUUGAUAUGGUGGGGUUGAAGAGAGACUUGAGAGGAAAUAAUGAUCAUUCCAGCCAGUAUUUUCCAUAUUAGAUAUAUGAUUGUUUCGAGCAAGGCAAUGAUAUUAAAAUUGAAGAAGCAGAGUGUGACGAUGAGAAUGAGAAUAGAAAGAUUAUUGUUAAAAAGAUGACCAUAGUUGCAUUGUGGUGUAUACUGAUGAGUCCAGAUGAUCGCCCAUCAAUGAAUAUGGUAUUAGAGAUGCUGGGAGGUGAUGUUGAACGUUUGCAAAUUCCUUCUCAAUCGACUCAAAUUGGAGUGGGUUUUGAGCAAACGGAAAUUACAUGUUCCUCUGAUUCUGUUUCCUUGCUUCAACAUGUUGAUGCUUCGAUCUAUACUGUCGAGACUCAAGUGUGAACAACAAUCAUGGGUUUACAAAUGAAUGGCUUUGCUUAAAAGGUUUGAUUUGUGUAUUAUUCUAGGCAAAACAAAUCUAGCUGUCUUAAUAGUCCACCAACUUUUAUUUAUUGAAUCUCAUGAGUUUGUUAACUAA